CGCUUUCCGCACUUCGGCUGCCCGUGGCGGGAGCGGCGGCAACUGGCUGACCCGGCACGGAGCAGGAGCCCCACUGGGGCGGGAGAGAGGCGUGGUAGGAACUGGCCCCCGGAGCCGUGGACCGCAGGUGCAGGAAUCCCGUCCGAUCUCUCUCCGCCCAGCAGGCUUCCUUGUUCCUGGGCUGUUGCUAGGGCCGCUGGACCUCGUUGCUAAGGCCCCUGGAGAUCCUGAGCUUCGGGAGUGCCCCCGCUUCUUUCCUGGGGUCGGGCUGUGGUCGAGUAUAGCCUUCGUUGUCCUUAAUUGAAACCGGAGUAAAAGGGAAGCAAUGCAGAAAACAGAGUGCUCUGGAGGUACACAGUUGAGAAACAGAGUCACAGGUAACUAUGAUCGAAGGACAUUGUCAAGCACACAGAUAAAGCAUAGGACUACAGUUCAGCAAAGCAAAUCCUCAUCGUCAACCUGUUCUCCAGAGUCUGUAAGAAAACUUCAUCCUCGACCAAGUGAUAAACUUAACCCCAGAACAAUUAACCCAUUUGGUGAACAGUCACGAGCCCCUUCUGCAUUUGCAGCUAUUUACUCCAAAGGAGGUAUUCCUUGCAGAUUGGUACAUGGUUCAGUAAAACACAGAUUACAGUGGGACUGUCCUCCUGAAAAUCUUUCAUUUGAUCCUCUUCUUAUUACUUUAGCUGAGGGUCUGAGAGAGACUAAACAUCCAUACACCUUUGUGUCAAAGGAGGGUUUCAGAGAAUUGCUUUUGGUUAAUGGUGCUCCUGAAAAGGCUGUUCCUUUGCUCCCUAGACUGAUUCCUGUGGUAAAAGCAACUCUGGUCCAUUCAGAUGAUGAAGUAUUUGAAAGAGGAUUGAAUGCCUUGGUUCAGUUAAGUGUUGUUGUUGGUCCUUAUCUAAAUGACCAUUUGAAACAUCUGCUUACAAGUCUUUCCAAGAGACUAAUGGACAAGAAAUUUAAAGAGCCAAUCACCAGUGCAUUACAAAAGCUUGAGCAACAUGGUGGAAGUGGAAGCCUUUUCAUCAUCAAAUCUAAAAUUCCAACAUAUUGCUCCAUAUGCUGUUGAAGAAGAAAGCCAACAAAAGUCAUCUUACUACCUGAUGACAUGUAUCAAACACUGACCACGGGUACCCAUGGAACUUUAUUCAGUUCAUUUUAUUAUUUUGUAAAUCACAGCCACCAUUCAUUAUUUACUGAGUUAAGAUGAGUAUAUACAAUUGCAUUGAAUCAUAAUAAAAGUUAUUCAUCAACAAAAUAGAACAGUUGAUAAUGGAAAGCUAUUAAAAGAAAUUAUUUAAUAGUACAAUUUUCUGGGCCUUUUUCAUAUUUUUCUCACUUGUGUGAAGAACCAUUACUGAGUUUGCAAGAUCAGCUGUGUUUGUAUUUUCUAGUGCCUUUUAAUUUAUAACACCCGUUUUUGCUAUUACUUUGUAGACAUGCACUUAUUUUUAUAGAUAUUUUGCCAUUUCUUGGGUUUUAUAUUUACUGGGGCUAUAGAAAUAUAAAACGGUGGUCAAAUGUUUGUGAAUAUAUUAUUAUUAUUUGUAAAUAUGUAUUUUAUAAUGGAGAAUGCUUGGAAAAAUUUCUUACCAGAGUAUUCCAGUUUAAGAAAUGUUUUCUAACCGUGUAAAUUCUGUUACAAGUAUGUUGUUUAUUACAACUUGUUAAAACUACCUAAACUUUAGGUAUUAAUUGUAUUUAAGUAAAUGUUAUUUUUACGUUUCAUAGCUUGAAAAUACUGAUGUAUACAUAAAGAUAUUCUGAAAUUAAAAUUUUAAACUCA